AUGCGCAGCUGCGACGACCCGGGGUACCAGCAGCGCGCCGCAGCGCGCAGGGAGAAGGCCAGGCAGGAAGCACUGGAGCGACUUGUGUUCCAGCUGGGUCUCAUGGCGGAACUGGGACUCAUCAAGCCUCUGACCAUGUCCACGGAGCAGCUACUGGCGAAUUGGGGUUUGAGCCAGGCGCAUGUUGAUGCGUGGGAUGAGGAGAUGGGGCGGAAGAGGAGGGACAGGGGCGGGGGUGCGAGUGGUGGGGCGCAAGGGGGGGUGGUGGGAGGGAGUGGUGGGGCGGUGGGUGCUGGUGAAGGUGUGGGGGGUGCUGGUGAAGGAGUGGGGGGUGCUGGGGAAGAUGCAGCAGGGGAGGGGAGCAGUAACAAGCGUAAGAUUGGGCAAGCGGGUAUUCUGGUGGGGGAAGAGAACAGGAGCGCGCUGAAGAGGUUCCGUGACCGGGUGGAGGAGAUGGUUGAUAUGGAAUGGAACGACCCCACUGCUUUCGCCAACGGUCGUAACUACGCCGACGCUGUUAAGGACAACGAGAGGUGGGGUAACACGCCGCGUAACACGGGGUUUCGCAUUGGCCGGUGCCUGGACCCGUUUGCUCCUCUGAAGCCGGGAGAGAUGCUUCCAGAGCAUCUGAGGACGGACCUUACCCCGGGUGAUCUGAGCCUCCUCCACCUCCCACGGCUCGCCCAUCUUUCCACCCUCGCCCCUCACCAUAAUCAUCAGCCGGAGGGUGCUGCAAGCGUGACACUGCCACCUUGCGUUAAGUCACUCAAUUUCUUACUUUCCUGCCCUCAUAUAGACACCAUCUUCCCUUCAUCAUCUCCGCUCACCGAAUUAGAGGAGCUGCUGAUCACCAAUGGCCGUGAAUUCGUGAGCCUUCCCGAACACUUUGGAGACGUGCUGCCACGCCUGCGCAAAUUGACCAUUCGGAAUUGCCAUCAGCUUAUUCGCUUGCCUGAAAGCAUCACUUCUCUGAGGUGGUUGGGAACCCUCAUCGUCUCUCAAUGUGAGAAUUUUACUUUACGAGGCAGCAACUUCGGUCACUUGCCUGCCCUCAAACUGCUGGUUCUAGAAGGAGUGGGUUUCACCCGGCUCCCACCUUCCUUUUGUCAUCUCACGUCUCUUGAGGCCCUUUCUUUGAAUAGCAGUGUGAUUCAAAAGCUGCCCGCAAAUUUCUCCCACCUCACGGCUCUCAAGGCACUCUGCUUGUCAAACUUGCUGGACCUUGAUGCCUUGCCAGGGGACCUUGGGGCCCUCGCGAAUUUGGAGGCUCUCAAAGUGUAUAAUGCAAUCCUAUUUCAGCCAUUCCCAGCUUCGUUCACCAAGCUGACUUCUCUGAAGAGCCUUGAGCUGCGUGAUUGUUUUCGAGGCCAGCUUCCGAAAGCCUUGGGAGAGCUGGGCAGCCUGCAGGAGCUGAAGCUCUCUUUCCUUGCAAUUGGCGUGCUUCCCGUCUCCCUGCUACGGCUUACGCGACUUCAGACCUUGGAGGUCAGAUACUGUGGAUCACUCUCACAAGUACCCGCGAGGCUGGAUACGCUUGUGGGGCUUAAGAGGCUGGAGGUGACGUCAUGUAGGCGAUUGAGUGGUCCUCUUCCGGGUUUGCCACCCCUUCUUGAGACCCUCUGUUUGGGGCCCUUCAAGGAAGGUUCUUCCCAUGUGGUGGACCUUUCUAAUCUGCCGCAGCUGAAGGUGCUGAAGCUGAACUGUGUUGGGGUGAGAUGGGGGGCUGCAGUGAACAGGAGGUUGAGGUGUCAGGAGCAUCUGGAGCAGGUGAAUCAGCUGGAGCUGGAACUUGGAAGAGAGGGAUGGGAGCCCCCAGUUCCUAUGACUUUCCGCCCUCGUCUACGCAGCUUGGUGGAGGCGCCGGGACUUUCCAGCCUCCCGGAAAGCAUGGCAGCAGCGUUCCCAGAGCUACGGCAGCUGAGCCUUCUUUCCUGGUCGCCGGAGGAGCUCCCAGGAAGCAUUAUGGAGCUCCCCUCGCUGACUUCACUUGAGAUUCAUGCUCCUCAUCUGACGUCGCUACCUGAAAGCAUGCUCUCUCUGUCUCGGCUGCGCAAGCUGCAGUUGGUUCGCUGCAGGGCCUUGCAGUGUCUUCCAGAAUUCCUGACCCAGCUAAAACGCCUGCAACAUCUGGUACUGUAUCGCACCCCCAUCUCACCCGUUCCUGCUGAUUUUGUGGAGCUGCUGGAUGACGUGUCGUUUCUCAGCUAG